CCGGAGGCGGGUCUCCAUCCUCAGCCAGAUCUUGGGAAGGAGCAAAGUGGCAGCAGAUCCCAAAGCGAAGGAGGAGGAGAUCCAACAGUGAUCUCUCUGGCUUUUUCUCACGGGAGUGUUGGAGUCAUUCACAGAAGGGCAGCCUCUUCUCUGUAGGAUCCCAGCAUGGCAGUCAAUGGCGUGGCGGGACCCGAGUUGGGCGGCCUUGAAGAGCGCAUCCACCAGGUCAACGUGGAGUCUUUGGAGAGCACCCGGCGGAUGCUGCAGCUGGUGGAUGAGAGCAAAGAUGCUGGGAUUCGGGCUCUAGUGAUGCUGGAUGAUCAAGGAGAGCAGCUGGACCGAAUCGAGGACGGUUUGGACCAGAUUAUCCAAGACAUGAAGGAAGCGGAGAAAAACCUCACCGAUAUGAGCAAAUGCUGCGGCCUGUUCGUCUGCCCUUGUGCCAAGUUAAAGAACCUAAAAGCCAUGGAGGCCAAUAAAGCCGCCGGGAACAACGACCAGGACAAGGUGGUCUCUCGGCAGCCCUGCCUGGUGGCCGACGGGAACCAGAUGAUGAUGAGCGCCCCUUUCAUUCAGAGAAUAACGAAAGACGACGUGGAGGAAGAGAUGGAGCAGAACCUCAGCCAGGUGGACAGCAUGCUGAGCAACCUGCGGAGCAUGGCGGUGGACAUGAGCAACGAAAUUGACGUCCAGAGCAAGCAAGUGGAGAGCAUUAAAGAAAAGGCCAUCGCCAAUGUGAUCAGCAUCAACGAGGCCAACAACCAAACCACCAAAAUGCUGAAGAAAGCCUGAAUGGCCCUCCUGCCGUCAUUUACGCCUUGCGCCCCCAAAACGGCCCUUCGAGAUAUUCACAACCCAGCUUUUUCCAUCCUAACCCCAGAAUGGACCGAUUCAGACCAGAGCAUUUGAGAUCAAGUUCCCCGGUGUCUGUUUACGGUUGCUAAAGCGAGGACGGGAAACACUUUGUGCCGUACGCGUGGCAAGCGAUGUCCUUUUUCCCAUUUGGGGUUUCCUUAUGUACCAGCCUUUACCAAUAGCGAGCCGACGGUUUGGGUACGCAAAAGGGUAUUCUGGGUUGGUCCUGGGAAUUAUUUGCACUUUGGUUUGGAUCUGAUUGAUGUCAGUUGGUGUGUUGGAAAACAAAAGGGCUUGGAUCCAAAAAAAAUACUCCCCAAUAUGAUUUAGUGAUGCCUUUCCUUCCCGACGAUUGAGUGUGCAUAAACAUGGUCCCAUGCACAAAAUUAUUGCAGCCAUUGCACACAAUUGUAGGAGUUUGGGAAACUGCACUAAGAGCGAGAAACCUGCGCAGCUUUGCUAUAAAACAACCUAUACUCCAAUGUAUUGUCGAAGGCUUUCGUGGCCGGAAUCACUGGGUUGUUGUAGGUUUUUUUGGGCUAUAUGGCCAUGUUCUAAAGGCAUUUUCUCCUGACGUUUCGCCUGCA